CGGCUGUGGAGGCCCGCGAUCUGUGUGUGUGUGGGUGUGAGUGUAUCUUUCCCCUUCCCUGCGGUGGGUGCAGAGGUGAAGGGUCAUUCAGUAAACGUCUGACAGAUUCAGACUGAGGUCUCCCGACUGCAAGAGCAUGUUCUUUUCACUAUAGGGUGUCGGGAAAUAAGACUGGAAACAGAUUGUGAGCCAAGAACUGAAAACAAGGUGUUGACUCCAAAGCAGGACAUUUUUAAAGACAUGCAAUUAAAGGAAGUAAAAUUCGAAAAACUCACAGGAGAUGUCCCUCAGGGACCUGAGUUUGGAGAAGGCAGUGAAUUUGAAGGCAGGCUAGAGAAACAGUCAAGAUAUACUGAAAUACUGGAGAAACCAAGAAAGACCUUUUCUCAAGAGAACAAUUGUAGGCAAGUAACAGUCAUCCACAAAAUAUCUGCUUUAGGAGUCAAAGCCCAAGAAUAUCAUGAAUUUGAGAAAAGCCUUAGUCCUGACUCCAAACUUGUUCCACAUCCAAGAAUUCCAGUAGGAGAAAAGUCUCAUCAGGGUGAUACAUGUGGCCAAAGCUUCAAACAGAAUUCAGAUUUAAUUAAGCAUCAGAAAAUCCAUGCAUCGAAGAAACUUUUAAAAAGUAAUGAAUAUGGAAAGUCACUCAAAAAGAGCUCAGUUCUUGAAUAUCAGAAAUCUAAUGCUGUGUGGAAACCUUAUGAAUGUAUAGAAUGUGGGAAAACUUUUAGCCGAAGUGCAACUCUCCUGGAACAUCACAGCAUUCAUACAGGAGAGAAGCCUUAUGAGUGUAGUCAGUGUGGGAAAGCUUUCAGUCAUAGCUCUACUCUGAUUCAGCAUCAGAGAAUUCACACUGGAGAGAAACCUUAUGAAUGUAAUGAAUGUGGAAAAGCCUUUAGUCGGAGUUCAAACCUUAUUGAACAUCAUAAAACUCAUACCAAAGAAAAACCUUAUGAAUGUAUAGAAUGUGGUAAAACCUUCAGCCGGAGCUCAAAUCUUAUAGAUCAUCAGAGAAUUCACACUGGAGAGAAGCCACAUGAAUGUCAUGAUUGUGGGAAAGUUUUUAGUCAUAGCUCAACAUUGAUUCAACACCAGAGAAUUCACACUGGAGAGAAACCCUAUAAAUGUAAUGAAUGUGGGAAAGCCUUCAGCCGGAGCUCAUCCCUCAUUGAGCAUCAGAGAAUUCAUACUGGAGAAAAACCUUAUGUGUGUAAUACAUGUGGGAAAGCCUUUAACCAGCGGUCAGGACUUCUUCAACAUCAGAGAAUUCAUACUAGAAAAUAACCCUGUGAAUGUAAUGACUGUGAUAGCUUUAGUCAGACUUGUAGUUUGGUAAAUUCACCUGUAAAUUCACAUGGGGUUACAACUACAUAAAAAUUGUAAAUUACUUGAGGAUAGAACCUGUCUAUCUAAGGCAUCUUGCCCAUUUAUAGAAGCAC